CUCCAGAAACCUCCACAAUCCUAUCUUCACCAUGUCCUCCUGACUCUCAAAAAUGGUCGCACAGACCAUUUCCGUGAAGAACUCCGGGUCACACCUUGUACAUUUGACAAUCUUGUCUCCGCCAUCAAAGAAGAUAUUAUUUUUGAAAAUUACUCUGAAACUGCUCAGCAAGCUCCAGUUGAAGAGCAGCUUGCAGUUGUGCUAUACCAAUUUGGGCAUGAUGGAAAUGCAGCAAGUGUACAGAAGGUCGCAAAUUGGGCAGGUAUUGGAAAGGGUACUGUUUUGGUAUACAUGAAACGUGUAAUCACUGCAUUCCUAUGUCCUGAGUUGAUCCACAAUGCAGUCCGGAUGCCAACAGAUGAGGAGAUAGAGAAAGCAAAGAAUUGGGUACAAGCUCAUUCCUGUCGGCGAUGGCGCAAUGGUUGGUGUUUUGUCGAUGGCACCCUGAUUCCCUUAUAUGCUCGACCAUAUUGGUAUGGUGAGAGCUAUUAUGACCGGAAAUCUCGCUAUUCGUUGAACGAUCAGGUGAGUGAUGUAGCUUUGGAUCUUGUUUUUUAA